CCGGGUAUCAUAAAAACUAAAACAAACAAAUAAAACACAACGCGCUUGAUUUGGUUGAAGUAAGGAAAUCAGUAUCACAAGUAUACUUCUCUGAACUGAACACUUAACGAACCCUAGCGCAGUCACCACCGCGCCACCACCACGUUCAGCCACCGUCUACCGUCGGGUUUCUUAGUGAGAUGGGGACCAAGGCAAAGAAAGCUAUGAAGAAGAGUUUGAAAAAGGCCACUGCUAUUAAACCAUCUCAGGGUGCUGAUUUUUUGCCGUUGGAAGGUGGUCCUGGUCGCAAAAUUCCGGAACAGAAACCUCUUGAGAAUACUUCUUCGGUUUUGUAUAUUGGUAGGAUUCCACACGGGUUCUAUGAGAAGGAGAUGGAAGCUUAUUUUGGACAAUUUGGAACUAUUAAGAGAUUGAGAAUUGCCAGAAAUAAAAAGACUGGAAAAUCAAGACAUUUCGGGUUCCUAGAAUUUGAAUCUCCUGAGGUAGCAAAAAUUGUAGCCGAUACUAUGCACAAUUAUUUGCUUUUUGAACACCUUCUUCAAGUUUUUGUUGUACCUUCAGAGGAUGUUCAUCCCAGAUUAUGGAGAGGAUUCAAUUACCGUUACAAGCCCAUUGACUCUCUCCAAAUUGAACGAGAGCGACAUGACAAGGAAAGAACUUUGGAAGAACACAAGAAGUUGGUGGAUAGAAUUGUAAAACGUGACAAAAAGCGACGUAAAAGGAUAGAGGCUGCUGGCAUUGAUUAUGAAUGUCCCAAUAUUGUGGGUAAUCUCCAAUCUGCUCCAAAGAAGAUAAAGUUCGAAGACUGAGUAGAUGAUGGCUGAUGGUCUACCAUGUCUUGAGGGAUCACAAGAAACCGUGUGUUUUAGGGUUUUAAGAAUUACUAAUGAACUAUCCUCUUUGUAGGAGCAAGAGACUCCAAUUUUGAGACUUUCGAUACAUUAUAUUAUGAAAAAUUUAUGUAGAAGUGUUUGUCAUUAACCAUUUAAUAUAUUCAUUAGUUUUUGUUGCAGUUAA